AUGGCUGGAAACAGAGAACAGCUGGGCAGAAGCCUUAACGCUGCACACGCUCUUUUGGACCCCCAAACCACACAGAAAAGACACAACCCAUCUUCUACCUACCACACAACACAUAUUACAACAUUGGGACUCUACAAAACACCUGAUGGUACAUUAUCUACCACUGCCGAGAGCAGCUCCCAUAAGAGCACUAGAAUCUAUAAUACCGACCCUGAAUUUACAACCAUGGCUGCAGGGAGGGAUCCAGGAGAUAGAACAAUU